AUGGAACAAAGUGAAGGUGAACAGGAAUCCCAGCCCGAGAGUCACGUGGAUAGCAAGAACAGCGUGAAAUCCUUGCCUGGGGGAGCAGCCCAUAUCAAACUAGAGAUAAAAAAACAUGCAGUUACGGACGACUACAAACUCUCCAAACGGGUGCUAGGGUUAGGAAUCAAUGGCAAAGUACUGGAGUGUUUCAACAAGGAGACAGGCCAGAAAUGUGCUUUGAAGCUCCUGUAUGACAACCCAAAAGCCCGUCAGGAAGUAGAAUAUCACUGGCGAGCAUCAGGGUGUCCCCACAUUGUCCAUGUUCUGGAUGUUUAUGAGAAUAUACAUCAUGGAAAGAGAUGCCUUCUCAUUGUCAUGGAAUGCAUGGAGGGAGGAGAGCUGUUUAGCAGGAUCCAGGAGAGAGGAGAUCAAGCUUUCACUGAGAGAGAGGCCUCUGAGAUAAUGAGAGACAUCGGAACAGCCAUCCAGUAUCUGCAUUCAAUGAACAUUGCCCAUAGAGACGUCAAGCCUGAAAACUUGCUUUACACAUCUAAAGAGAAGGAUACUGUACUCAAACUCACAGACUUCGGCUUUGCCAAAGAAACCACUGUACAAAAUGCACUGCAGACCCCCUGUUACACUCCUUAUUAUGUGGCCCCAGAAGUCCUUGGUCCUGAGAAGUAUGACAAAUCAUGUGACAUGUGGUCAUUGGGUGUCAUCACAUAUAUUCUCCUGUGUGGGUUCCCUCCAUUCUACUCAAACACUGGUCAAGCCAUUUCUCCAGGGAUGAAGAGAAGAAUUCGGAUGGGGCAAUAUGGGUUUCCCAAUCCAGAGUGGGCUGAAGUAUCAGAGGAAGCCAAACAACUGAUUCGCCAUUUGCUGAAGACUGACCCAACAGAGAGGAUGACAGUUUCUCAAUUUAUGAAUCACCCUUGGAUUAACAGAUCAAUGGCAGUGCCACCAACUCCUCUUCAUACUGCACGAGUCCUGCAAGAGGAUAAAGACCACUGGGAUGAAGUUAAAGAGGAGAUGACCAGCGCUUUGGCUACCAUGAGGGUGGACUAUGAUCAGGUUAAAAUCAAAGACUUGAAAACGUCCAACAACCGCCUCCUGAACAAACGCCGUAAGAAGCAGAAGCAGGCAGGCACCUCUUCUGCAGCCCCAGGGUGCAAUAACCAAUGAGAAGAGACGC